AUGGCCGACCCGAAUAGGGGAUUGGCGCCUCCACACUCCCAGAAUGGCGAAUAUGACGAGCAAUGGGCCAAGGACCUGCGAGUCCAGUUCGAGGGACUGCUGCGGACGAAGCGACUAAAUGAACUCGACCGAUCGCGCUCACGAACCGCCUCACCACAACCACAGUCACACCCGCGCGAACGAGCAUCGUCAAACAACCUCCGAGCAGCAGUAUCAUCAUCGUCAUCGUCAUCGCUUCUUCCUCCCCCGUCGCCAGGCUACCGACCAUCCACAUCGAGCGGCCAGCCAGGCGCUUCCUUCGGCGCCACUCCUCCUUCCUAUGCGUCCCUGCGAACCCUACCAAAGAUCCCAACCGCGCCCGCAGACCCUCAAUCCCAGAAGUUCAGAAAUCUAUUAAUCUCGCUAUCAUUAACCCCCACGAAAUACGAAAAUCCUGGGCUAUUAGACGAGGCAUUACAGGUCAUCCCACUGGACAGGAUAUAUGGCGAGGCGGAGGAGGAGAGCCAGGUGCUCCAGGCACAGGCAGAGAGUAUGGGGGAUGGACGACGACCUGAGUGGGGCUAUCAAGAUUGCGUUAUCCGCGCAUUAUUAAGAUGGUUCAAGCGAUCAUUUUUCUCCUGGGUCAACAACCCACCUUGCUCGGUCUGUCUGUCCCCAACAAUUGCGCAAGGCAUGACACCUCCCACGCCCGAGGAGUCGGCAUAUGGCGCCCUUCGAGUCGAGCUAUACCGAUGUUCGGCCGGCGACUGCGGCGCGUAUGAGAGGUUUCCACGAUAUGGAGACGUAUGGCGCUUACUGCAAACAAGAAAAGGGCGCUGCGGAGAGUGGGCCAAUGUCUUCAGCAUGCUGUGUCGCGCUGUAGGAGGCCGUGUAAGAUGGGUGUGGAAUGCCGAGGACCAUGUAUGGACUGAGGUCUACUCCGAGAUGCAAAAGCGAUGGGUUCAUGUCGAUGCGUGUGAGGAGGCAUGGGACAACCCACGGCUAUAUACCGAUGGAUGGGGCAAGAAGAUGUCGUACUGCGUUGCCUUCUCAAUUGAUGGAGCAACGGACGUCACCCGACGAUACGUGCGCAAAACCGACCACGCCUCAGAGCGAAGCAGAUGCCCGGAGGAAGUCAUGCUCUACAUCAUGAACGAGAUCAAGAAUAUCCGCCGAUCGAACAUGCCCAAGGACGAGCGAUUCCGGUUGGAGAAGGAGGAUACCCGAGAGGACAAGGAACUUCGAGGAUACGUCGUUGCGUCGAUAGCGCAUUCCGUGGUAUCGAACCUUCGACCGGGCGCCCCAGCAACGAUCAACGCACCUGCACGUCGCUCAUCGGAUGACCAGAAGCUGCCCGCAGAGCAGCCUGCUGGUAGGCAGACGGGCACUCAGGAAUGGAUCAAUGCUCGAGGAGAGAAUGGCCCUCGGCAUCAAGCUCCAAGAGACCCUUCACAACGCGGACACUGA